AUGGCUGGUAACACCCACCGGCGCAUCACGUUGCCGGAUCCUGAAGAGCGACGGCCUUUACUGAGUAGGCUCAGUACAGGCGGUCCAGAGAACCGCGAUGCCCUGUAUAGUUGCAUGACAGACCCUCAUAGUCACUUGCCUGUGUAUACCAACAUACACCGUAUUCGUCGCGACAUCAUCAGCGUUGUUGAGGACUAUUUGAGCCUCGCCCAGCUGCAGGAUCUGAGGAUUAAUGUUACAGUUGUGCGGCCAUUGGUGGAUAAGUUCUAUGGCCUCAACGACAUUUCUAUCAUCUACUGUUUGCUGGUUAAUCGUGCUCAGUUUCUCGAAGAGCAGUCUCAUCUCAAUAACCGUCACAAUGUCAACUUCACACGUGCUACUCUAUGUGAGCUCAUAGCUACGCGCAUCCUGAGACGCUUUGGUGAAGUGCAUGAUGAUGGCCACGACGGCCUUUUGCUCCUGGCUCAUAUUCUAGUCGCUGGCUUUGAACCCUUCCAGAAUGCCCCAGAAGAGAUUCGAGAUGAGGCAGAGCGCACCACCUCCUGGGUUGAUUACAAGACUCUGCCAUCUCUUGAGGUUGCCAUUGUCACUGAGAGCAAGCAUUUCUUGAGUUCAGCGACUUGUCAAAAGGUCGUCAACGCCAUAUACGAGGGCCGAAUUGUCUAUACCCCGUCGACAUUUUGGGACAUUAUCCCCGAUCAUUACAAGUUGAAGCCCAUAUCUAUUUAUGAUCCUCGCGAGUCCCCUCUUCUCAACCAAUAUCGCCUGAUUGUCCCUCGAACCCGAAAUGUCCUCGAGUCAAUCCAAUUCGCCACGCUGCUCACUCUCUACGUUGCGGUUAUGGUUCUUAGAAGGAAAAACCGCUAUGGACCAACAGAAGCAGCUUUUUCUAUCUUUGCUUUUGGAUGGGGUUUGGAUCAAUUUGCUACUAUUUUAGCACAUGGUUGGAACGUCUAUACCCAGAACCUGUGGUCAUUCCUUGAUGUGGCCUUUGUUCUCAUCUACUGGGUAUAUCUUGUAUUGCGGUUCCUGGGCUGGAAGCUUGGUGACGCGAACCUUGACGAACAGGCGUUUGAUGUGCUUGCACUCGCCGCUCCUGUCUUGGUUCCACGGCUUGCUUUUAAUCUCUUGAGCGACAAUCUCGUGUUCUUGUCCCUUAGGUCAAUGAUGGCGGACUUUUUCUUCCUCACAGCUCUAUCUGCCUGGUGUUUCUUGGGGUUUCUGCUUUCACUUCUGUGGCUCGGCGAGGGGGCACACCCCAUCCUUAACAUCUCGUCAAACGCCAUAGCGGAGAUCAGUUUCCGUCGAGCAGUUCUGACACUCGAGGGCGUCAAGGCUGACGCUGUGUUCGCAUACCAGCCCCCGUUCAACAUCCUCGCCGUAUUCCUAUUCAUCCCGCUUAAAUUCGUCGUGAGUCCGCGCUGGUUCCACAAGAUCCACGUCACGGCGGUCAAGAUUCUGAAUCUCCCUCUCCUGCUCAUCAUCGCUGUUGCUGAGCGCCGUCUGCUCUGGCCUUCCCGUGAGAUCGAAGACCCAACGGAGAUCAAAGCUCCGCCCCCAACAAAAAGCCAGUUUUGGAAGAAGUGGCGGUUGACGGUUCACCGAGAUCUUCGCGCCGUCUUUCAAUUGCCGCCGCCUGAUACUGUCCACGACGACAUCGCUGUCGAUGAUGAUCUCACGCAUCAUCUCAUCCGUCGACAGUUCACACGCAAUGCGACAAAUGAUAUAGAGCCCCGCAACCUACAUAACACCUCUAGGCCCGAUCCCGGAGCUCGACGUCCAUCACGACGAGAUUCUAUGUUUCCUGGGAUCCCGCCCCAGAAGCUUCGAGGAUCCUUCUCCGAGAAUGACAUGUUUGAGGGAACUACAGAUAGACUGGCCAAUAUGGAAAAGGCGAUACGGCGCAUGGAAACGAUGCUAUCUCGCCUAGUUCCAUCUGCCGAGAACGCCAUCAGUGAUGAUGAGUUGGAGCAAAGCGGGACACUUAGGGGAGACAAUACUGCCGAGUCGUCAUUUAGAGGUUUAGCGGAUCGUGAUUCAUGA